UUCCCCCGCGCGUCAGUCGCCCGGCAAUCGCUCAGCCGCGCCGCCGCCACGCGCGUUUCUAACCAAUCCCUCCAUACUCUAUUCCCAGAAAAACAUGCAGUUCGAAUACGACCCAGAUCGGCUCAUAGAGGAAGUAAAGAAGCGACCUGGGAUAUGGAACUAUGAGGAUGUGAACUAUAGAACAGCGGUUACAAGACACGAGUUGUGGAACGAGGUGGUCCGCCAGUUACUACAGCCGAACGUGAAGGUCAACAAGAGCGAAAUGCGGGAACUCGUUCUCCAGCUUCAGAAGAAAUGGAAGAGCAUAAAAGACUCGUUUAUAAAGUACAUUCAGAAUCCUAACAGGACGAAGCGGCCAUACAUUUAUUGUAAACAACUACAAUUCCUACUUAAAAACGAGAGUACGGCACAAGAAACUGAGGGGGCAGUGGGAGGGGCAUCUAGCGAAUCAGACGACGGAGCAAAACCUAGGAAACAAGCAUGGAGAUCCACUAAGAAAAGGUUACAACUGGUUAAAGAUGAGGAACAAACAUCUGAAGACGAUAAUGACACCGAUUACCAAGAACCCUCAGUCUCAUACUCAAAUGACGAAGGGGACAGUUUGCCAUUGAAAAUCCCUAGAAAUAGCAAAACUGUGGACGAAUUCGCUUUUGCCAAUGUUGAUUCAAAAAGUGUAGAUCUAGAAGAUGCUGACAAAAUGUUCCUUUUAUCAUUGCUGCCUCAUUUGAAAUCGAUUCCUGAAGAGCUCCGACUAAAUGCUAAAAUGGAACUUCUGCAAGUGCUGAGAAAUGCUAAUUUUAAUUGCAACGGACGGUUGCCUGCUGAUGAUAGGAUAGGAAUUUAGUACUAGUGAUUUAGUGUAAGAUCUAAUGAAUAUUAAACAUUCCCACGUUUGUUA